AUGAGUGAGUGGAAUAAGAUCAGUGGAAAUUGGAGUUUUGAAGAACGUGACUUUUCAAAGUGGGGAAAAGACCGAAUGAAAGAAAUUAUUCAAGACCCUCAAACUCCAAAGACCUGCAGUUAUGAUGGUACAUUUAAAGUGACUAAAAUUGAAGGAGAUGUAUUCAUUCUUGUUUCACAUGGCCAAUUAAAGCAUAUUGUUACACUUGAUGAAUUAAAGGUUGUUUUUGCUUCAACUGCUGAAGCAUUUGAGACUGCUUUUAAAAAGAUGAUAGAAGACAGUGUUGUUCGAUUAAAAGAAGAAUUAAAAGAAAAGUUGGCAGCAGCUCAAUGA